AUGAUUGCUCAACGGGUCGGCGUUGCUGCCAUGCGCAGAGGCGCAACGAAACCCAAUGUCUUCUUCAACCAGACCGUCCCCAGGCUGAUUCUCGCCUCGAGCCCCUCCAUGACCCAAUCUCGCCUCGUCGCAACGGCCAAGCUCUCCAACGACGAGGGCCACCAGAUCCUCGCAAAUCAGCGCCUCAACCGUCCCAUCUCCCCGCACCUCGGCAUCUACAAGAUGGAGCAGACGUGGUUCGGCGCCUCGGCCUGGACCCGCAUCACCGGCUGCGCCCUCUCCGGCGCCGCAUACGCCUACUUCGCCUCGUACCUCGUCGCCCCCUUACUCGGCCUCCACCUCGAGAGUGCUAGCCUCGCCGCCGCCUUUGCCGGCCUGCCCUUCCUCGCAAAGGGCGCCGUCAAGUUCGCACUCGGAUUUCCCUUUGCCUUUCACUUCAUCAACGGCAUCAAGCACCUCGUCUACGACCUCGGCAAAGGCUUUUCCAAGCCCACCAUCAAGAGAGGCGAGAUUGCCCUGUGGGUGUCGAGUAUCCUGAGCGGUCUGUACCUGGCCUUCGGCUUGUAG